AUGUCUCAAGACGUUGACAAGAACAAUAUCUUGCACUUGGCAGGAAAUUUGGCACCCAAAAGUCAACUAAACCGCAUUCCUGGUGCUGCUAUACAGAUGCAACAUGAGUUACAAUGGUACAAGGAAGUGGAGAAACUUGUGCCGCCUAAUUACAAAGAGGAAAAAAAUUCUAAAGGAGAAACUCCACGAAUGGCAUUUUUGGAAGAACAUAAAAGACUUGUCAAAGAAGGUGAGAAAUGGAUGAAAGGUUCUGCAACCUCAUUCUCACUUGCUGCAGCACUCUUUGCCACGAUAGUAUUUGCAGCAGCCAUCACAGUACCAGGUGACUACAGUUAUGAGGGUGAACCAAAUUUUCGCAAACGGAAAACCUUCAAGAUAUUUGCCGUUUCAGAUUCAUUUUCUCUGUUCUCAUCAGUUGCUGCCAUCAUAAUAUUUUUGUCCGUCCUCACUGCGCGGUAUUCCGAACAUGAUUUUCUUUACUCUGUUCCAACAAAGUUUAUGUGGGGUCUUGUUAUGUUGUUCCUCUCUCAAACAGCGCUCAUGGUAGCCCUUUGUUCCACUGUUUAUCUGGUGUUUGGUGACAGAAAUCGUGGGUUCCUUUAUUUAGUGUGUGCAUCAGCUUUAGUGCCUCUGUUCUUGUUUUUGUCUUGGCAGUAUCCCCUCCUACGUGACUUGCUUUUUUCCACAUACGGCCCCGAAAUUUCCCGCUUGAUAAGAAGAUGUCUUCUAGGCAUUUCCGAAAAGCUAAGAGCGUGUUACGAGAAAAGUAAGAAAAUAAUAUUGAAAUUAGUCUCUUGA